AUGCCUGUACCGCCCACGUACCUCGAUGCCCAUGUUGAGGGGUAUUCUGAGUCCUUCCAAGGAUCAGCAUCACGGCCAGGUUCACGAGAUCCCACCCAAGAGCUUAGCCCAGGUAAUCGUGAGAAUUAUGAGACAGAGACUCAAGGUCACAUGACUACAAAUCACGCCAAUUUGGCUCCUUAUCAAAAGUUACCAGGCAAUUUUGGACCGUCAUCAGGUGAUCCACAAAUCUACCCAUUUCGACCAAUCGAGAGUGCCGCAGAGCUUUACUCUCGCGACAUGAUCCCUCCUCAGGGGAGACACUCUCGCUCAAUACGUAACAACGAGUAUCAUAAUGACACAUAUUCCAGUCUACUGCCUUAUUCUCAGCCAAGAACCGGACACGAGUACAGUCAGGAUCUCUCUGGCCACCCAAACUCUGCUGCAUUUGCCACAACGGCAGACAGUAGUAACGCUGAUCCACAAUCCAACUUCCUUUACACAAGUCCGGGAAUCCCUUUUGGUCAGCAACAAAAUACCUGGGAUGGCGAAAAAUAUAUUGGUGAACCUUUUGAAGGGGAGCAGGACGACCCCGUACAUGUGAACAAGCUGAUGAGGGAUUGUAAUCGAUUGAUCGAUGAGCAUCUUGCCUCUAAAUAUCGUGAUACUUCCCAUCAAUCCGCUUUCAGUACGAGUGCCUAUUCUCCGAUGACUGAGAAGGCGCUCACUUCCAAUUAUCCCCUUCUUACAAUGCAUCACCCUUUCGCAGCGAAUGCCAAAAACGCACCAAUCGGAAUCUCAACCGAAGAUGACAGUUCUUCUGUAUUCAUAUCUGGAGCAUCAACCGCUCAAAAUAUCGGAGAUCAAUCAGGCAGCAAAAGGAAAGCAACAGAUUCUGCCGAAUUCCACGUCCCCGGUAGCAAAACCGUAGAUAUCCUCAAACGAUUCUCUGAGGUGAAUGGGAAGGCUUCAUUUGGGUAUAGCAAGUGUAAGAUACCGAAGGGCAAGCAGCACAUGUCAAGGCGAUUGUUGCUAUCCGAGGAUGUAAGAACACAUCUUAGCUCGAAGCCUAUAUCGGACAUCGUUGAUCGAGAUAAGGUGAACAUUUCCUACGUAGAUGAAGCUGGCACCCUUUUCGCCACGGUUCUGGAGACGACGGACUGGGCCGAAGUACUAAGGUUUGCAAAAGCAUCUGAAGACCAAGUUUUACGUAGGGAUGGAGUCGCAUACAAGUACAGACCGAUCAUUCGGAUCACAGCCGGUCCAAGAACUGAACAAGAACGUACUUUACCAUUACUCAAGUGUGCAGCCACGAAAUCGGUAAGAAAGAUGAUAGCAGCGAGGACCCAAGACGAAUUCGGUGGGCCAGCUCUCUCAAGCGAGAAUGCUCUCUCAAAUCAAGAAUUGAUCCGAAGUUCGGGUAUAAUAUGGAAAGCUAAGACCGAUGACUCCUCGAAAUGUCCAAGCAUAGCUACAGAUUACAUAAGGGACGGACCGGCUUGCAGACAACAUGGUGACUUUUACCGAGCUGUAGAUUACUGCAAUUCCCGUAAGCGGGAACGCAAGAACGCAACAGAUCAUUCGAAUAGCGUCAAGGGGGAUAGUGAUCGAGGUCAUCUACCGCAGUGA